AUGGCCCUUGUGCUCCUUUACGUGGUGAUUAUAUGCUGGAAAUUGGAUGAAUUCGCAUAUGCCACUGCGAUGAUCUUCUUAUUACUUGGUGGUCUCAACUUUCUAUCUAUUACGGGAACUUAUAUUGCUCUUACAAUUCUUCUCUACACAGCUGUUGUACAUCCGUUUUUCUAUCAGUCCAAUAUAACAAUCAAACAUUGCUAUAUAUUUAUUGCUUUAAUCUGGGUGUGUUCGACAAUGGCAUCGGUGAGAAGAAUACAUAUUGGUUAUUUUUCACUUUUAUUGCCAUCGCAAAAGCAUUCUUGGCAGCGCCAUCAGUAA